AUUGCAAGCGGUGUAGGACUCAUUGAUUUGAAAAAAAAAUUUCCGAGGGGAAAACAGGAUAACAAUCGACAAAAAUGCGUGAAUGUAUCUCAGUCCAUGUGGGCCAGGCCGGAGUCCAGAUGGGCAAUGCCUGCUGGGAGCUGUAUUGCCUGGAGCACGGCAUCCAGCCUGAUGGUCAGAUGCCAAGUGAUAAGACGGUUGGUUAUGGCUCCGACUCCUUCAACACUUUCUUCAGCGAGACUGGUGCCGGUCAACACGUUCCACGCGCCAUCUUUGUCGAUCUCGAGCCUACGGUCAUAGAUGAGGUCCGCACUGGACCCUACCGUCAGCUCUUCCACCCUGAGCAGAUGAUCACUGGCAAGGAGGAUGCCGCCAACAACUACGCCAGGGGCCAUUACACCGUGGGCAAAGACCACAUCGACGUAGUUCUGGACAGGAUCCGGAAAUUGACAGAGAUGUGUUGUGGGCUGCAAGGUUUCCUGUUCUUCCACAGCUUCGGUGGAGGCACCGGCUCUGGCUUCACCUCCCUGAUCAUGGAGCGUCUUUCCAUCGAGUACGGUAAGAAAUCCAAGUUAGAGUUCGCCAUCUACCCGGCUCCUCAGAUGGCCUCCGCAGUAGUCGAGCCCUACAAUUCCAUCCUGACCACCCAUAUCACUCUAGAGCAUUCCGACUGCGCCUUCAUGGUCGACAAUGAGGCCAUCUACGACAUCUGCCGUCGCAGCCUCGAUAUCGAGCGCCCAAGCUUCGCCAAUCUAAACCGUCUGAUUGCCCAGGUUGUGUCCUCCAUCACAGCAUCUCUUCGUUUUGAUGGCGCCCUCAACGUCGACCUGAAUGAGUUCCAGACCAACUUGGUGCCCUACCCAAGGAUCCACUUUCCUCUCGUAACCUAUGCACCUAUUGUGUCGAAAGAGAAGGCUUACCACGAAAAAUUUACGGUUGGAGAAAUUACCAAUUCCUGCUUCGAGCCGGCCAACCAGAUGGUGAAGUGCGAUCCCCGUCAUGGCAAGUACAUGGCCUGCUGUCUGCUCUACCGUGGGGAUGUCGUCCCUAAAGAUGUAAGCACAGCCAUCGCAACCAUCAAGACCAAGCGCUCCAUCCAAUUCGUCGACUGGUGUCCAACUGGCUUCAAAGUAGGCGUGAACAAGCAACCACCCACCGUCGUGCCUGACGGUGAUCUGGCCAAGGUGCAGCGUGCCGUCUGCAUGCUGAGCAACACCACGGCCAUCGCCGAAGCGUGGUCCCGUCUAAACCGUAAAUUCGACCUGAUGUACUCCAAGCGUGCCUUCGUCCAUUGGUACGUGGGUGAGGGUAUGGAGGAGGGUGAGUUCUCUGAGGCUCGUGACGACAUGUCUGCCUUGGAGAAGGAUUACGAGGAGGUUGGAAUGGAUUCUGUAGUUGAAGAUGGAGAAAAUACCGAAGAAUACUAAAAAA